GUGUCAGGCAGGGAGUGGGCUGGAGCUGUUCUUCCUGUAACCAAGCACCUACAAUAAAAGGGAAGGGAGAGGAGGGGAGAGGAGGGCUCUCAUCAUGCACUUUCCCUGUGCCCGGAUCCUUAUUACACACAGCGAUGUCACCCCGUCCACCAUCUGACUGGUGACCCCGGCUUCCCUCUGAUUACCUCCACCAACUUCCUCCGGUCACUUCCCCGCCAGACACCGGGGAAGGGGGGGCCACGCUGCUUCUCUUCCCGAUGGCGUCUCGGCAGCAAACCCGGAUUCAGGUCUACCUGGAGACAAACCGGAUCGGCCCCCUGUUCGAGGAGUUAAUGACCAAGCUAAUCACAGAGACACCAGACCAGCCAAUUCCAUUUUUAAUUAAUCAUCUUCAAUCAAAAUUGGGAAAUGUUGCUCAGCUACCAAGAACAUUCUCUGGAUCAGCAGCUUUGUGGGCAGAAAGUGAAUCGGCUGAAGACAAAGGAACCAGAAGAGAUUUAAGGAGCUAUGAUAAACCCUGGCAAGUGAAUGCAAAAAAGCCGAAGAAAUCAAAAAGUGACCUUGCAGUCAGCAAUAUUUCACCGCCAUCGCCUGAGUCAAAGUCGUUGCCCAGGUCAAUUGAACAUCCUAAAUGGGAUUGGAGGACAAAACCAGAUAGUCGUGAUUUUGAUGAAUUAAACCACAUCCUUCAGGAAAGCAAAAAGCUUGGGCAAGCUUUGGAGAAUCUGUCACGCAGUAUUGCUGUUUCAGAUGACCUUGAGCAGGACACACGGGCAUUUAACUCUUCCCUCCUAAGACCCUGUGUGGUUGGAGAAUGGGUGGGACGUGAAGACCAUGACAUUGACCCUUUAGCUGCUGAAAUGAUACAACCUCCUAUACCAAGAAAUAAAAAUGAACAACGGGAAGUAGAUGAAGGCAGUGGCAGCCCUGCUGGAAGCCUCAAGAUGGAGCCAAAAAACAAAGGACUAAAGCAACAGCAGCAGCAGCACAAGAAGCUCCUGGCAGCCAUGUUGUCUCAAGACUCCUUUGACUCUAUACACAGCACCCCUGCAUCUGUCACAGAGGAAGAUAUUGAUAAUGAGGAUGAUGCAAUGGAACUGCUAGAAGACCUUGAUGAUCUUCGAAUGGAGGGUGUUACCAGUGUGAUGCCAUCUGGAAGUAAAUUUAGCCAAGGACGUAGCACUUACACUACUGAACCUCAAGCGAAAGUCACACUCAAUAUCUGCUCAAGAUGUGCAAGAUUGCAAGGUGGUAACCUGGCUCAGGGAGCAGAGGAGACGGCCAAAGAUUGUUCCUCUUCAGAUAAAGCUGGAGGAAAUGCAGUAGCUGCAUCAUUGCCUGGAGCAGAAACCUUAAUGGAAGAUGAUGAAGAAUUUGAGAGUGCCUCUCAAGUGACAGGACCUCGUCAACCAGUCUGGGACUCGGAUGUCUUGUCUGCCAGAAGUGGGGGCUCACCUAACCAAAAACUCCUGAAAGAAGCUUUAACCGCAAAGGAACUGCAGAGCAUGGAAAAGCAUCUAGCUGAUAUUGAGAAAGACUUGGCACUAAUGGCAGAAGCAAGCAUGUCAAAGAGUUCUGGAAAUCAACCUGGGGCUGGUGCAAACGAUCCUCAAGGAACUUACCAUAUAUCAAGUUUGCAGAAUCCAAAGCCACAAGUGCCAAAUCAAACCACCAAGAACUUACAGCUUCACCUUCAAGGGAACAAAUCACCUCCACAACCUAACAGUAGGACCCAUGUUUCAAAUCCAUCAAGCAGCAGGCCACAGACUCCAAAUUCCCAAUCAAGUAAACUUCAGACACCUGUGACUCCAAUUGGCAAGCCUGGAACACCAAAUAGCCUGGUGUCUCGACCACUCACCCCUAGUAAACAAGGAAGUAAAGAUGGAAUGACUCCUGUCCCUAGGAGUAGAUCUGUAACUGUUAAAAGUCAGAUUGGAUGGACUUCUAGUGCGCUGUCUGGAGUUCCAGCUGCAGACACCUUAGCAACUGCCUCUCGGCGUAACAGCUCUGCAGAGGAGGAAUCUUAUGAACAGUUGCAGGGAUCUCGCCAGCCCUGGGUGCUUCCAAGUGACACAGACAGUGAAGGUGUGGAUAUACAGAAGGAAAAACGUUUGUGAUGCCACGAGAACUGAAUGAACGUUGAAUACCGGAAGUGAAUACAAUUUUUCAAUAUCUGGGUUUCGAUAAACUGGGAGAACAGUUAUUUUUAUAAUGUGUUUAAAGGUAUUGUCAAUCUAAUGAUCAUAACAAAGAAAUCGAAUGGUUCAUUUUCAGUUC